AUGGAUAGACAUUCUGACAUAUAUGACUCUACAAGUUCUAGUUCUAGUUCUAGUUCUAGUUCUAGUUCUAGGUCAAGGUCAAGGUCAAGGUCAAAAUCUAGAUCUAGAUCAACUUCCUUUCCACCCGAACCUAGCGAUAAGCCCCAAAAGAUUGAACCUUCGUUUGAACCAUCGGGCCUUUUAGCCGCUGAAACCAAUGAAAGGAAUGGAAUAAUUAUCAAGUAUACAAUACCGCCGGAAUCCAGAAUGCCCGAUAAGAAAUGGCGGUUAUAUAUGUUCAAAUCACAAGUAGAUACCACAUCUGAUGCGGGACCUGAUAAAAUAAUACACUUAUCCAAUCAAGAAUAUUACCUAAUUGGCAAAGAACCGAGGGUUUGUGAUUUACCGGUUUAUCAUUCCUCUAUAUCAAAACAACAUGCAGUCAUACAAUUUCGUCUUCGAGGCAGCGAAGUAUUACCAUAUUUGAUAGAUCUUGGGAGUACAAAUGGUACCUUUUUGAACGGUGAAAAAAUUGAACCGAGUAGGUACUAUCAGUUGCUUGAGAAGGACAGCAUCAAGUUUGCUUAUUCAUCAAGGGAGUAUAUUCUAUUGCACUUGGAUUCCUAA